AUUUUGGAAAUAUAUAAUUGGACUGAAUUUAAACAUUGUUUGAUUGACUAUAAAUAAAUUUGUUUAUAAUAAAUUCUUAAGUAUAGAACGAAAAUCCCUAUGACAAGUCGACACCGACAGCCACAUGAUUCACUAUCAGGCAACUUUCAGGUCUGUUCUGUUCCAAUUUGAUCCAAUUUGAUCGGUACAGUGAGUUUUAAGUAGUUUUGUGGCUUGCGAUAUUCUGCAAAUAAUAAUUGUAUCACGAAAUGGCUGCGAUCAGUUUAUUAAAUCCCAAAGCCGAAUUCGCCAGAGCCUCAGCUGCCCUGGGCGUAAAUAUAUCGGGCGCGAAAGGAAUUCAGGAUAUAAUGAAAACGAAUCUCGGCCCGAAAGGCACCAUGAAGAUGCUGGUGUCAGGAGCGGGUGACAUAAAGAUUACAAAAGAUGGAAAUGUAUUGUUGCACUUGAUGCAAAUUCAACACCCGACUGCAGCUCUGAUCGCCAGAGCAUCCACUGCUCAAGAUGAUAUUACUGGAGAUGGUACAACCAGUACUGUACUGGUCAUUGGAGAACUUUUGAAGCAAGCUGAGAUUUAUAUAUCUGAAGGCCUUCAUCCUAGGAUGCUCACAGAAGGAUUUGAACUGGCUAAAGCCAAAGCUUUAGAAGUGCUCGAUUCCAUGAAGAUCCCGAUAGAAUCCACGAAAGAAAAUCUACUGGACGUAGCCAGAACAUCGCUGAGAACAAAGAUCCAUCCUAAGAUAGCCGACAAGCUGGCAGAAAUUUGUGUGGAUGCAGUUCUGGCUAUAAGACAGAAGGAUCUGGAUAUUGAUUUGCAUAUGGUAGAGUUGAUGGAGAUGCAGCAUAAAACUGCAACGGACACGACGUUGGUUCGUGGAAUUGUAACUGAUCAUGGGUCCAGACAUCCAGACAUGCCGAAGAAGGUGGAAAAUGCUUAUAUACUGACUUGCAACGUUAGCUUAGAGUACGAAAAAAGCGAGGUGAACAGCGGAUUUUUCUACAAAACUGCUGAUGAACGAGAGAAACUUGUAGCGGCGGAACGUGAAUUUAUUGACAACAGGGUGAAGAAAAUAAUCGAGUUAAAGAAGAAACUCUGUGACGGAACGAACAAAUCGUUCGUCGUGAUAAAUCAGAAGGGCAUUGACCCGCCAUCCUUGGACAUGCUUGCCCGAGAAAAUAUCCUUGCGCUUCGCAGAGCGAAACGUAGGAACAUGGAACGUUUAGCACUAGCUUGUGGCGGAACGGCCAUGAAUUCAUUUGACGAUUUGAAGGAAGAACAUUUAGGAUGGGCUGGACUUGUGUAUGAACACGUACUGGGUGAAACGAAGUAUACGUUUAUCGAAGAAUGCAAGAAACCAAACUCCGUAACUAUUCUUUUGAAAGGACCGAACAAAUACACGUUGGAACAAUUAAAAGAUGCCGUGAGAGAUGGGUUAAGAGCAAUUAAAAAUGCUAUUGAUGAUAAAGCUGUUAUCCCAGGCGCUGGUGCCUUCGAAGUAGCUGUGAGCAAAGAGCUACAUCGGUAUAAAGAGAAAGUAAAAGGAAAGCAACGAUUGGGUGUACAAGCUUAUGCGGAAGCUUUGCUUGUCAUACCAAAAACUCUCGCUGUAAAUAGUGGAUUUGACGCACAGGACACGAUCGUUAAGUUAUUAGAAGAAAGCAAUGCGCUUGGUGAACCCGUAGGAUUGGAUAUCAAUAUGGGCGGUGCCGUGAAACCUUCAGUUGCUGCGAUUUACGAUAAUUAUAAUGUUAAGAAACAAAUAAUUAAUUCAUGCACGAUCAUUGCGAGCAAUCUACUUCUCGUUGAUGAAAUAAUGAGAGCAGGAUUAUCGUCUCUGAAGGGCUAAAUCAUUGAGCACCCAUUGGACUUUUUCAUUUCGCUGUUACAUUUGCAUGAUCUGUAUUGAUCUUACACAAUUCCUGUUUUAUAAUUUCAUAAGAAUUGCAUUAUCUAACAAAUAAAAUGCUACUUUCAAAUUAAAGUACUUUAAAAUAGUAAAAUCGUAUUUUUUUAACGAAUCGGAGUACACAAUUUUUGCUUAUUGUAACUAUUUAAAUAAAAACAAGCGACUAAAACAA